GCCUGGAACCACAGCCUUUCUUGGUGCUGUCCCAUGUUACCCCAUCUCUGCCCACAGGCCUGGCCCCAUGGACUCAUGGGAACACCACACAGUGGGAGAGCAGGAUUUAGACCUUGUCUGAAACCAGCCCUAGCCCCCUGCUCCGCUCUCUGCAGUGAAUACUGGGUGAUGGCCCGUCAAGUGGGAUGAACAGUGGCAGGGCAACUCGAGGAUUCUGAUUGUGGGAGAGGCCCCCACGUCCCCAGGGCAUGGCAGUAAAACUUGGCAGGGGAGCCCUCUGCGCAUGGGAUGUACUUCAUCAUGGAUGUGGACCUGGGACCAUCACAGACUCUGGAAGUGUCAGGAAUCUGAGAAUCAGGACAGCAGGCUGUUCCUACUAGGCAGUGAGCACAACGGUCAAGGUGUCAACUGGACCCCUGCCUCCUUCUCCCAGGACAUCUUGUUGGCUCCACAGUCCUUGCUGCCAGAGUUGGUGGGGGCAGGGAGCCACCUAGUCUGCAUCUGUGAUGGGAGUGGGGUGGGGGCUCAGGGUGGCCUGCAUGGUCUCCAGAGCUGUGAGUUGUCAGGACCAGCUCCUGCCUUCAGGCAAGCAAAUGUCUGACCACUCAGGGCUGUAAACACACUCCCCAGCCACACCCCAGCCAGGCCUUCCUCCCGCUUCAGGGUUCCUCUGGGCCUCCACUCACCUUGCUGAGCCCUCAUUCUGGUGUCAGAGGCAAUGCAGAUUCCAGUCCGAGGCUGGGCUUAGAGACCUCACAGGCUGGCCACUCUCUGCUCUGGGGAGGUGGAGAGGGAGGGAGAGCAGCAGGGUUCCUCUUCACUUGCAGUUGGAACACAGGGUGUUUCUUGGUGGCUGCAAGGAUGAUGAUGAAACCCCCAGGAUACUGAGUCAUUGUGCUGGCCAGCUGAUAGCGAGCACUGACCCCUGUGCAAUUGCUGGAGAAACGUCUCUCAGGUCCACGGCCCAAGCAGCCCAUGGGAUUUCCUAACCUGAGCCAUCCCUCUCCCCUUCCUUCUCUCUCUCCCUCCUGGCUCCCUCUCUCCCUCCCUUCCUCUCCCUCCUCCUCCUCUCCCUCUGCCCUGACCACUGCCUUGGGGUCACCUGGAGAGGCCACUGCUUCUUGCCACCCGGCCUCCUCCCCCAUAGUGUCUGCCAUCCUGGCGCCAGUCCUGGUUAUGGAGUUUGUCCUGGGCCUGGUGGGGAACAGCCUGGCCUUCUUCAUCUUCUGCUUGCGCACGCGGCCCUGGACGUCCAGCACCGUGUUCCUGGUCAGCCUGGUGGUGGCAGACUUCCUCCUGAUCCUCAACCUGCCCCUUCGUGUGGAUUACUACUUCCUCCAUGAGACCUGGCGCUUCGGGGACACCGCCUGCCAAGUCAACCUGUUCAUGAUCGCCACCAACCGCACGGCCAGCGUGGUCUUCCUCACGGCCGUGGCCCUCAACCGCUACUUGAAGGUGGCCUGGCCACACCACGCGCUGAGCAGGGCCUCGGUUGGGGGCGCUGCCCGCAUGGCCGGGGGUCUCUGGGGGGCACUCCUGCUCCUCAACGGGCACCUGCUCCUGACCACCCACUCCAGCCGGUCCUGCCUCAGUUACCAGCUGGGCACGAGACCCUCGACCUCACUCAUCUGGCACCAGGCCCUGUUCGUGGUGGAGUUCUUCCUGCCGCUGGCGCUCAUCCUCUUUGCCAUCGUGAGCAUCACGCUCACCAUCCGCCGCCGCGGCCUGGAUGGGCAGGCGGGCCCACGGCGGGCCCUGUGCGUCCUCGCCGCCGUGGUGGGAGUCUAUACCGUCUGCUUCCUGCCCAGCGUGGUCUUCGGCGUCGCCUCCGUCGUGGCCUUCCGCCUGCGUGCCUGCCGUGCCCUGGAUGUCUGCUCGCAGCUCUUCCACGGCUCCCUGGCCUUCACCUACCUCAACAGCGUGCUCGACCCCGUGCUUUACUGUUUCUCCAGCCCCAGCUUCCUCCGCCAGGCGCGGGCCCUGCUGGGCCUCACCCAGGGCUGGCAAGGCUCAGAGAGCGCCAAAAGCACCCACCGUGCCGGGCGCAGGUCGUGCUCUGGGAAGGUGGUGGCCACAAGGAAGCUGCAGGUGGACGUCUCGGAGGAGGACUGACCAGAAAGGGCCCUCCCAGAACUUGGACUCUGCUGCGGGUGCCUCAGGACGGAGGAAUGCCUGGCUCUGGGCUGGAGGGCCAGCAAGGGUCCCUCAACCAACCAGACAAAGGACCUCUGCAGGAGCCAGGUGGGUGGCAGGGAGAGAAGAGGGUCUGGGCUUGGAGUCGUGUGUCUGAUGUUGUGGGGAUGAUGUCCCAACAGCACAGAGCACCUUGGCAGGUGGAAACAGCCAGGGACUGCCAACUCAGCAGAGGGCCACAGCUGCCUUGUCCCAGGUCAGAGCCAGGGAUCUGUGAGAGCAGAAGUCUUGCUUUAGAAAUUUUGUUGUUGUUCAGUUGCCAGGUCAUGUCCAACUAUUUGUGACCCCAUGGAUUGCAGCACAGCAGGCCUCCCUGUUCUUCACUAUCUCCCGGAAUGUGCUCGAACUCAUGUGCAUUGAGUCAGUGAUGCCAUCCAACCAUCUCAUCCUCUGUCACCCCCUUCUCCUGUUGCCCUCAAUCUUUCCUAGUAUCAGGGUCUUUUCUGAAAUUGUACAGCUGUUUUUUCUAUUAUCUCCAAUCGUUUUUUUUC